CAGAUCUUGUGUGGAAGCCAAACCUGGUCAUCUUUUUGGAGCAAGAGAAGGAGCUCUGGGGUAUGAAGAGAAAGAAGAGAGUAGCCAUCGACCCAGCUGUAUCUUCACAUGGCACCCAGAGUUUCCUGCCAAAGCUGUGCAUAGAAGCUUCUUUCCAAAACGUGGCAGUGGGUAGAUAUAAACAUAGUGCCCUUGAGAAUUUACACUUAAUGAUAGACUGGAAAAAUGAUGGGGAAAGUGAAGAGAGCAUCAAAGAUAUCAUGAAGGACAUAACGAAACUGAGACUACGGUCCGUAAUAUGAAUCUGACUGCCCAAAAUGGUGAAGGAUAUAAAACACUUUGGAAAACAUCCCUUCUUAAGUCUGCUACUUCUGCAAAGCAGUGUCUUUCUAUAAGCAAGGGCUCAAAUCAAAUGGUCAAACAUACAUAUCUGGAGAAUGAAAAUUUGGAAAAUCUGGAAAGUUGCUUAGUCCAUGCUGAAAAUAAUUAUUUGAACCAUUUUGAAAGUAGGAUUGGAUUGACUGAGUCAAGUAUUUCUGAAAAUCAGAGACUUAAAAAUGAAGAACAAAGUGCUCAGUGGGAUCCAUUGGAGAGAUCCUUCACUGAGGAUUCAACACUACAAGAUGACCAGAACAUUGCUCAGUGUGGUGAAUCUGAGAACAAAUUUAACGAGGGUUCAAAUGUUAAUAAACAUGUGAGGACUCAUUUUCCAGAGAAUCAUUAUGAAUGUGAUAAAUGUGUGGAAGUCUCUUACCAAAGCUCCGACCUGAUUAUACUUAAGAAUAUCCCUAUAGGAGAAAAUCCUUGUAAAUACAAUGAAUGUGGGAAAUCUGUUAACCAGUCCUCCAGUAUGGGUGAUUAUCAGAGAAUUCACAUGGAAAGAAAUUUACACAGAUGUAAUAAAACAGGAAACAUGUUGGGCCAAUCAUCAGGACUAAACAUACAUAACACAGUCACUACUGGACAGAAAACUUGCAUUUGUGAGGAAUGUGGUAAAGCCUUUGACUGGCACACAACACUAUCUCAACGUCAGCCAAUGCGUACUGGAGAGAAACCUUACAAAUGUGAAGAAUGUAGCAAGGUCUUUAUCCACAAUUCACACGUUAAUCAACAUGACAGAAGUCAUCCUGGAGAGAAACCUUACCAAUGUGAAGAAUGUGGAAAGGCCUUUAACCAGCACUCAAUGCUUACUCGACAUCAAAGAAUUCAUACUGGAGAGAAACCUUACCAAUGUGAAGAAUGUGGCAAGGCCUUUAACCAGCACUCAAACCUUAUUCAGCAUCACAGAAUUCAUACUGGAGAGAAACCUUACCAAUGUAAAGAAUGUGGCCAGGCCUUUAACCAUCACUCAAGUCUUACUCAACAUCACAGAAUUCACAGUGGUGAAAAACCUUACAUAUGUAAAGAAUGUGGUCAGUCCUUUAACCAGCACUCUAACCUUACUCGACAUCACAGAAUUCAUAGUGGAGAGAAACCUUACAUAUGUAAAGAAUGUGGCCAGGCCUUUAACCAGCACUCAAAGCUUACCGAACAUCUCAGAAUUCAUACUGGAGAGAAACCUUACAUAUGUAAAGAAUGUGGUCAGGCCUUUAACCGGCACUCGCACCUGACUCGCCAUCACAGAAUUCACAGUGGAGAGAAACCUUACCAAUGUCAAGAAUGUGGUAAGGCCUUUAACCAGCAAUCAAAGCUUACUGAACAUCACAGAAUUCAUACUGGAGAGAAACCUUAUAUAUGUAAAGAAUGUGGCCAGGCCUUUAACCGGCACUCGCACCUGACUCGGCAUCACAGAAUUCAUAGUGGAGAGAAACCUUACAUAUGUAAAGAAUGUGGUGACACCUUUAUCCAGCACUCACACCUGACUAGACAUCACAGAAUUCAUACUUGAAGGAAUCCUAACCAAAAUAAAGAACGUGUCAAGGCCUUUAGGCAAUCCUAAAGUCUGAUUUGAUCAGAGAAUGUAUCCUGGAAAAGGUUUUGCAAACAUAAUUUGGCAAGCCCUUUAAUCAGAAGUCAAGCUUUAUUGAACAUCAGAGAAUUCAUAUUGGAGAAAAAAACUUAGAAAUGUAAAGAAUGUGGUAAAACUUUUUUAGGAUUCCUCAACCCUUACUCAGCAUUAGAGUUCAUACUGAGGGGAAACAUUGCAAAGGUAAAGGAAUGUGUCAGGCCUCUGGCUGGAACUCUCAACUCACUAAACAUCAUAGUUCUCAUACAGCAUAGAAGCUGUAAAAUAUAGAGAAUUUGCAGUGCCUUUAAUUGGAAUUCAAUUCUUAAUAUCCGAAAAUUGACACUAGAUUCAAACCCUACAAACUUAAUGAAUGAGGAGAGACCUUCAUUUUAAAUAUACACUUUAGCAAACACCCGUGGGUACAUAAAAGAAAGUAAUUUGGAAGAUAUAAAUAUUUAGGAAUAUAUGUAACCAAACAUCAGAUAUCAGUAAAUGUCACAGAAGUCAAGUAGAAAGCACUGCAGCAGUCAGUCUGUUCUGACAUUACAUCAGAAUAUUCAUGAUAAGGAGUAAUAACCAAGUUAAACUGUUACAAAAAUGUCUGUCCUGUUAUGCUUCAAAAGAUUAAGUGGAUAGAUUUUUGCAUAGUUCUAAUUAACUUCAAUAUUUUUUUUUACAUGGGCGCUAUCUGAUAUUUAUGUCUAGCAAAUAUUAGUGUAUACUUACCCUCAGUCGCCUCAGAGAAUACUCUAAUUUUUAGUAUGUGUGACAUUAUGUGACUGAUUAUUGCUUCAUCAGAGAUGAGAUUGCUCCUUCAUUAGGUGGGACUCACACAUAUCUAAUUAUCCAUGGAAGAUGGACAGUAUAAUAUACAAUAUAUGAAGAAAAUCUAAAUGGACAUAUUGUUCGUGGUUAUGACUUUAAUGACAGUUGUCAUGGAAAAGGUGUUCGGAACAUCAUCUUCAUUAUUAAAACUGAAAGAUUUUCUGAAUGUUAUAAAUAAAAUAUUUUAGCAACUGGUA